GAGCACACCUAACUUCAGCAAGGGCCUUAAAUGCACUUGGCUUUUGUACUCCCAUGAUCUGCCAUGAAAACAUUUGCCAGGUUGUUGCUGAUCCCAGAAAACUGUGGAAUUCCAUGGAAGAGACCUGAAUCCUCCCAAACUGCAGCCAAAGCGGCCAUCCCACAAACCCUUAGAAGGAUGCUUGUUGGUAUAAGUUUCAGUUUUCAUGUUGGGAGGCCAAGGUGGGUGGAUCACUUGAACCCAGGAGUUUGAGACCAGCCUGGGUAACAUGGGGAAACCCUGUCUCUACAAAAAAAUACAAAAAAUAGCUGGGUGUGGUGGCACAUGCCUGUAGUCCCAGCUACUAGGGAGGCUGAGUGGGGAGGAUCGAUUGAGCCCAUGACGUUGAUGCUGCAUAGAGCUGUGGUGGUUUCACUUCACUCCAGCUUGGGAGACAGAGUAAGACUGUCUCAAAAACAAAAACUAAAAACCCCAAAAAGGAAACAAACGAACAAAAAAGGUCUCAGUUUUAGGAUAAUGUUCUACAUGGCAUUAUUACAGUAUGAGUUAAUACAGCUUCGUUAUUUUAAACCACUGAGAUCAGGGACUUCUUCGUUACUGUAACAUCUUCUAAUCUGUCCCAGUUGAUGUCAGUGUUUAACACCUGUCAACUAUGGCCUCCACUUCCCAGGUUCAAGUGAUUCUCCUGCCUCAGCCUUCUGAGUAGCUGGAAUUUACGGGCAUGUGCCACCAUGCCCGGCUAAUUUUUGUAUUUUUAGUAGAGACCAGGUUUCGUCAUGUUGGCCAGGCUGGUCUCAAACUCCUGACCUCAAGUAGAUCUACCCUCCUUGGCCUCCCGGAAUGUUGGGAUUAUACAGGCAUGAGCUGCUGCACCCAACCUGUCUUUUAAGCUGUGAUAGAUACAGGUUGCUGACAGUUUUAGUCUUGGGACCCAGAUUCAAGCCUCAAGCUCUCCCUCUUAACCUCAAGCAAAUUGUUUCAUUUCUCUAGACCUGUUUUCUCAUGUGUCCAUUGGGAAUAAUGACAUCUAAUCCUGGAGUUGUGAAAAUGUGGUGACAUAAUGUCUGCACAAGUGCUCUGUCAACAUGUAGGUGUUUGUGUAGAGGGAGGGAUUCGUGUUUUUAUUACUUACUGGGUGAUGAUUCUGCUGGGCUGUCUUAGGAUCAGGUGACUCCAGGGAAAUUACAUUUCAUUCUGUUACCCCAGUUGCUAUGGGAACAGAGUGACUGGAGGCAGAAGAGACAGAACCUGGCAGGUGAUGGAGCCAAAGGGGUGAGAAACAGAAUUCCCUGGCCUAGGAGAGAUCAAGAGAGUAUUGCAGCUGUCACCAACAUGGUAGACCCCAGACGGGGCAGCUUGGGAAGUUGGAGAAGGAGGAGCAGAUACAUAGCGUGGACAUCGGGAAUGAUGGCUCAGCUUUUGUGGAGGUGCUAGUGGGCAGCUCGGCUGGAGGUGCUGGGGAGCAAGACUAUGAGGUCCUUCUGGUCACCUCAUCUUUCAUGUCCCCUUCUGAGAGCCGCAGUGGUUCGAACCCCAACCGCGUUCGCAUGUUUGGGCCUGACAAGCUGGUCCGGGCAGCAGCCGAGAAACGCUGGGACAGGGUCAAAAUUGUUUGCAGCCAGCCCUACAGCAAGGACUCCCCCUUUGGCCUGAGUUUUGUACGGUUUCAUAGCCCCCCAGACAAAGAUGAGGCAGAGGCCCCGUCCCAGAAGGUGACGGUGACCAAGCUUGGCCAGUUCCGUGUGAAGGAGGAGGACGAGAGCGCCAACUCCCUGAGGCCAGGGGCUCUCUUCUUCAGCCGGGUCAAAAAGACAUCCCAAGCCACAGCCAGUGACGUGGCAGGACCCAGCUACGCAGCUGCCACCCUCCAAGCCUCCAGUGCUGCCUCCUCAGCCUCUCCAGUCUCCAGGGCUAUAGGCAGCACCUCCAAGCUCCAGGAGUCUCCCAAAGGGAAGAGGAAGUUGGAUUUGAACCAAGAAGAAAAGAAGACCCCCAGCAAACCACCACCCCAGCUGUUGCCACCUGUUUCCAAGAGACCUAAAUUGCCAGCUCCCACCCGUACCCCAGCCACAGCCCUAGUCCCUGCCCCAGCACAGGGGGUAGUGACAGGCCAGCCCCGAGGAGAAGGCACCGAGCCCAGACGAUCCCGAGCUGGCCCAGAGGAGCUGGGGAAGAUCCUUCAGGGUGUGGUAGUGGUGCUGAGUGGCUUCCAGAACCCCUUCCGCUCCGAACUGCGAGAUAAGGCCCUAGAGCUGGGGGCCAAGUAUCGGCCAGACUGGACCCCGGACAGCACGCACCUCAUCUGUGCCUUUGCGAACACCCCCAAGUACAGCCAGGUCCUAGGCCUCGGAGGCCGCAUUGUGCGUAAGGAGUGGGUGCUGGACUGUCACCGCAUGCGUCGGCGGCUGCCCUCCCGGAGGUACCUCAUGGCAGGGCCAGACUCAAGCAGUGAGGACGAUGAGGCCUCUCACAGCGGUGGCAGUGGUGAUGAAGCCCCUAAGCUUCCUCGAAAGCCUCCCCAGACCAAAACCAAGCCCACUCAGGCAGCUGGACCCAGCUCACCCCAGAAGCCCCCAACCCCAGAAGAGACCAAAGCAGCCUCACCAGUGCCCCAGGAAGAUAGAGACAUUGAGGGGGAACAGUCAGAAGGACAGGACAACGGGGCAGAAGAUUCUGGGGACACAGAAGAUGAGCUGAGGAGGGUGGCUGAGCAGAAGGAACACAGACUGCCCCCUGGCCAGGAGGAGAAUGGGGAAGACCCAUAUGCAGGCUCCACAGAUGAGAACACCGACGACGAGGAACACCAGGAGACUCCUGAUCUGCCAGUCCCGGAGCUCCCAGAUUUCUUCCAGGGCAAGCAUUUCUUCCUUUAUGGGGAGUUCCCUGGGGACGAGCGGCGGAAACUCAUCCGAUACGUCACAGCCUUCAAUGGGGAGCUUGAGGACUAUAUGAGUGACCGGGUUCAGUUUGUAAUCACCGCACAGGAAUGGGAUCCCAGCUUCGAGGAGGCCCUGAUGGACAACCCCUCCCUGGCGUUUGUUCGUCCCCGAUGGAUCUAUAGUUGCAACGAGAAGCAGAAGUUACUUCCUCACCAGCUCUAUGGGGUGGUGCCGCAGGCCUGACGUAUGUGCUGCACACACACAUGUACACACAUGUAUGCACACACACCGGAAGUAUGUGCUGCACACACACAUGUACACACAUGUAUGCACACACACUGGAAGUAUGUGCUGCACACACAUGUACACACAUGUAUGCACACACACCUGAAGUAUGUGCUACACACACAUAUCCAGAGAGAGAGAGAAGAUGAUGCAUUUAAUAAAGAUGACUUGGUUUGGA